AGACUCAUCUUUUCCCAGCAUUAGUUGCUUCGAUCAUCUCAUCCUCAUCACACAGGCUCCCAUCCAAAACUGUCCGUGUUGCGUCAGACAACGCAAAAUUCUUUGAUCUUGUUGUAACCAAAAUUGGUUAGAAAAUUUGGGACAUUUUCAUUUUGCAUAGAAGAGUGUGACAAUUGGCCAACAAUGAUAGGCAAAGUGAUUCUGUGGUGUACUGUUGUGAGUUGUGUGUUGUCGGCUCGGCUGGAUAAUCUAUAUGGAGCACCGGCGCCGGCUGCUGCCGGUCGGGGCAGUGGAGGCGACUCUAGCGUCCUGAAUGCUCCCCACUCCGGUGGAGCACCCGUGAACCAGUAUCUGCCUCCCACUGCCCAGACUGGUGGACAGGGCGGAUAUGCCUCGGUAGGACCACUUGGCGGUAGCCAAGGGCAGUUUGGAUACAACGCUCAACGGCAGCAGCCCCAAGGUCAUGGUGGAAGUCAGUUUGGAGCAAGUGCAGGUCAAUUUGGAGCUGGUGCAGGUCAGUAUAGUGCCGGUGGAAGUCAGUUCGGAGCCGGUGCUCAAUACAGCGGCAGCAGUGGAGGUGCUGGAGGAUUCCAACAGCCAAGAACACCUCAAAUUCCGAUUUUGAAGUACGAGAAUGUGAACAAUGGUGACGGAAGCUAUCGCUUUGACUACGCAACCGGUAAUGGAAUCCAGCAUCAGGAGGAGGGCUACAACCGCAAGAUUGCCCCCGAAUUGGGUGAACAAAUUGUUUCUGGAGGUUACUCGUACACCGGACCAGAUGGCAGACAAUACAAUGUUCAGUACAAAGCAGAUGCUGGAGGCUUCCAACCCGUAGGAGAACAUUUGCCAACACCGCCACCCCAGCCAUUGGAAGUGCAGGAAGCAACACAAUUGCACGCAAAACUGUUUGCCGAAGCUGCCUCCCGUCCAAUUGAUCCAGCCUACCAGGGACCUCAAACCUACAGCCAGCAGCAGCCAGGACAGCAAUACGGAGCACCACAGCCCCAGUACCAGCAGUCCUUCCAAUCGCAGGGUCUACCCCAAACAGCUAAUCCUCAGUUCAAGAGUGCAACUUCGAUCGCCCGCUACCCAUCACAGGGCCAACCUCAAACAGCAAACCCACAAUUCCAAAGUGCCACCUCUAUUGCACGUUACCCAUCGCAAGGCCAGCCCCAAACGGCUAAUCCACAGUUCCACAGUGCUACAGCCGGCGCACGUUACCCAUCUGCCCCGACAACCCAAUAUCUGCCACCCACCAGCCGACAGCAAAGCUAUGACUCCCAAUCCGGAUACCGAUAUUAAUCUUCCCUCAAUAACCUAACUGCCCCUCUCAUCACGUACCUCAGAACCGACCUCGAAGCGCCAUAAAACAAAAGAAGAAGAAAAUCUAUCGAGGUGACCAAACCGCAAAACUGGAACACACGGCAUACAAUAGAGCAAUUUGCAACGGUGGUGAUGCGUUAUCGGCACCGUAAAUUAGCCGCAAAGGCACCACCAGGUGGAAAGCUCCUCCGAAUCACCGAAACGCAUCAACGCAAAGAAUGAACAAUAGGACAAAGAAUACCGCUGGUACCAACCACUGAUGCUGUACAAUCGCUAUAAUGAUAGGAACGUAACAUGUUUAAUAUUAUUUCUCUUACCGACAAGCAAGCAAUUUGUAAACACGCUGAGAUGAAACCAAUAAAAGCGAAGUCAAUGAAAUGAAA